GGGUUAUAUUUAGAAAGUGGUCUCCUGUGCCAGUGCGUUCAAGUGUACUUCCCACUUUCUUUUCUAUGAGGUUCAGUGUGACUGGCUUUAUGUUGAGGUCUUUGAUCCAUUUGGAUUUGAGUUGCACUUUUGUGUCAUCUGGAUAAUGUAGCGUAAUAAAUAUGCAAACUCUUGAGGGGCAUACUGAGUAACCAGAUGCUCAAAAGAGAAGAAAGUGUACCUUGGCCAGGAAGUGACUUACACUUUCAUUUUAUACAGUCUUAUACUGUUUAAUUUACUUUCACAGCAUGCAUUUGAACACCAAUUUAGCCUCCGUAAAAACCAGAAGCAAGAAUGUUUAAGAGGUAAUUAUACCCAAAAAGUGGUGAGGUAGUUCAGGCAGAGGUUAUUGCCUAAAAAGAGAAGCAAAUGAGGGCAGAGAGGAAGAGCAGUCCAAGGCUAAGCUCAGAUUGACAGGAAGUAGAGUAGUCUUUGUCCUUAACAUGGAGGAAGGUAGUCUUCCCACUGCUAACUAGAUAUUACAUAAUGACCCUACGAAUUGCACUCCUUCGUAGAUACUGAAGUGGGGGAAGACAGGUGGAAGAUAGUCUACUGUGGAGUGACAGAAGUCUUCAUACACCUGAGCAAAAUUUGAAGGCUGAAAUGGAGGUUGGCCAGACUGAGAGUGAGCAGGUGGGCAUUCCAACAGGAGUUGAAAGCCAGAAGGUUCUUAGCAUGUGAUGGUAACUGUGUGGGCAGUGCCAUAUGUGAGAACUUUGAGGGCAGAGAGAGAAGGUAAGAUGUUGAGGAGGAAGGAGGCAGCUUAGGCUGUGGCAUUUAGACUUGACUUUACAGGUAGAAGAGUUCAUUUUGGCAGUAAUGUGGAGCAGUCAUAAGUGGGACAAAACAAGAUCGAUAUUGUGAUGGCACAGGCCUGAGAUGAGUGUUGAAAACCGACACAGAGUGGAGAGGAGGGCACACAUGAGUGUGUCUUCAGCAUCUCGUACAGGAGGGCUCUGAAGACAAGAUCCCCAAAAAGAGAUUCUCUGAGGUGCAGAAGGAGAGAAGAGAACAGGCUCAGCGGACUGUUUUGAUACAUUGCCCAAAUAAUAUCAAUGAGAAAAAGUUUCUCAAGUAUUUAUCCCAGCAUGGACCAAUUAAUAAACAUUUCUUCUAUGAGAGCUUUGGUUUUUAUGCUGUUGUAGAAUUUUGCCAAAAAGACAGUGUAAACUCUUUGCAGAGUGAAGCACAUACUCCAAACAUGACCACAGAGUCUGCAAUUCCAUUUAAGUCGCGUUUUUUGAACUUAAAGCUGAAGAAUCUAUCUAAUCAGAUACCUGAGCAGUUUUGUGCACAGACAAGCAACCAGUCACCUCCUUCAAGCAAGAAACUCUUUGAAUUGCUGAAUUAUGCAGAAAGCAUAGACGAUCAGCUGCACACUCUCCUGAAGACCUUCCAGCUCACGGAGGAAAAUGUCCGGCUCCGCCAUCUCACCUGCUCUCUCAUUGAGGACAUAGCUGCUGCAUAUUUUCCUGGCUGUGUCAUUCGGCCCUUUGGCUCCUCAGUGAACACAUUUGGCAAAUUAGGAUGUGAUUUGGACAUGUUUUUAGAUUUGAAUGAAAUUGGAAAACCUAAUGUUCACAAGAAUGCAGGGAAUUUUUUGAUGGAAUUUCAAGUGAAAAAUGUUCCUUCAGAAAGGAUUGCAACCCAGAAGAUCCUGUCUGUCAUAGGAGAGUGUCUUGACAACUUUGGCCCUGGCUGUGUGGGUGUUCAGAAAAUACUAAAUGCGCGAUGUCCCCUUGUGAGAUUCUCCCAUCAGGCCUCUGGAAUUCAGUGUGAUUUGACUACUAACAAUAGUAUUGCUUUGAAAAGUUCUGAACUCCUUUAUAUAUAUGGCUCCCUGGAUUCAAGAGUCAGAGCCUUGGUGUUCAGUGUGCGAUGCUGGGCUCGAGCACAUUCGUUAACAAGCAGUAUUCCUGGUGUGUGGAUUACAAACUUCUCCCUAACAGUGAUGGUCAUCUUCUUCCUCCAGAGAAGAUCGCCCCCCAUUCUUCCAACUCUGGAUUCCCUAAAAUCCCUAGCAGAUGCUGAAGAUAGAUGUAUCCUAGACGGGAACAAUUGCACAUUUAUCCGGGACUUGUAUAAAAUUAAACCUUCGGGAAACACAGAAACAUUAGAAUUACUGCUGAAGGAAUUUUUUGAGUAUUUUGGCAAUUUCGCUUUCAAUAAAAAUUCCAUAAAUAUUCGACAGGGAAGGGAGCAGAACAAGCCCGACUCCUCUCCUCUGUACAUCCAGAACCCUUUUGAGACAUCUCUCAACAUAAGCAAGAAUGUGAGUCAGAGCCAGCUACAGAAAUUUGUGGAUUUGGCCAGAGACAGUGCCUGGAUCUUGGAACAGGAAGAUAAGGGUCAGCCUUCCCCUUCAAGUAAGCAGCCCUGGGGGCUGGCCGCCCUCCUGCUACCUCCUGGGGCAGCCUACCCAUCUCUCUCCAAGAAGAAGAAAAAGCUAAUGAGUGAAAAAGUCAAAGGCUUGUUAGCAUCCAUAAAAAGUAACAGUACAGACAUUUCCAAAGGCACCCGUGGAAAGAGAGCAAUCAGUACACAGGCAUGAUGGCAACUGCUCAGGAUCCCGGGAAGAACUGCCACGAAACUUUGACAGGCCUUACCUUUUAUCUGAUGCCAUUUGUCACCAUCUCAUUACGCUUUUACUUGACCUGAAGUUCUGAAUAUUUCUUUCCAAUCAGGUGAAAUUUUAUUAAAAUAUCAGUGGCAAAGAAUAUGUAAGAGACAUAUUUUAACUCUGCGAAGUGAAUGGUAACAAUCAGUUUUAUCAGCAAAUUAGUUGAUAUUUCUGUCAGUUUUUAGAUGGAAAUCAUUUCAAAACAUUUCUAAUUAUCCCCAUGUACAGGUGAUGAAUGCAAUAAAAUUCCAAAAUUUGGUAAUACUCUUUAAUAUCUAUAUUGUGUUUUUCAGCUAAAGUUCUCUUAUUAGGUGUUUUGUUUUUUGCUUGCUAUACAAAGUAACGGGUUUCACAAUGGGCUCCUGUGUAGACUGUCUUUGGUGAGCCUUCCCCACCCUCCCAGCACCCUCUCUGGUUUCCAUCUCCCUCCGUUUAAUUUGCUGCUCCCUCCCCUCCCUGUAAGGCCUACCCCCUAAAAUCCCUCCAUGCUGUGUGCAUACAUCCAGAGAGAGGUAAAGCACAGUGUGACUUUUCGGGUCGUUCACAGCUCAACAGUUCCAGAACUGUCUCUAAAACAUAAAGUGCAGACACUCAGUCACAACAUCUGUGUUCUAAGUCAGAUAUGUAAAUUAUGGAUAAUAUUGUGCUUUAAGCUAUAUUUUGUUUAGAAAUCUAAUUUAUUUUUGUUUUCAAAAUAAAACCGUUUCUACUAAAAUGUGAACAGUA